ACGUUUUCCUCAAGCCUGCUCUCUAAUGCAAACAACAAACUGGACUCGUUCUUUCCACUUGGAAUCCGCUGUGGCCUCUCAUUCCCCACAAUCCUCUGGCUUUCCUUCACCUGUCCCGCAGAAGAUCUCGACCGCAAGCCGCAUGGGCAUUCCCUCUCUGUGGACCCACCACAGAGGAAUGCCGACUUCUACGUCCCCCUUCCCUCCCCAAAUGCACCUACCCCCAUCUCCUUCCCUGAUUCUGCCUUCCUCUCUGCUCUCUUUAAGUCUCUUUUGCUGUCUUUUGUGAAGAUAAACAGCAGGAAGAGAGAUGGCAUCGCUUGGAUCUCUUCCUUUCCUCCUCGAAGUGUCGCGUGGGAGUAAUUCUGUUCUCCUUCAGAACAGAGCCGUCUGCCGUGGCUGGCCGUCCGCUGCGGCAUUUUGUCGAGCGAGUUCUACGGAUGUUGACGGAGGUGCUUGUAAAGUGAGGUUUCUGAGGGUCGGAAAAGGCGAGAUUUUGGUGGGCCUUUCAUUAGUUAGUGGAAAGAAGGGGCUGCGCGCUAUCGGAAAAGGUGGCAGCUUUGAGGGUGAGGAGGGCGGGGAUGAUGGUGGUAUAAAUGAUGGCGAUAAUGCCCUUCAGGCGACUGCCGAUAAGAGAGAGAAGCUUCGGGCGAUGCGGAGGAAGCUACUUCAGAAGAUUGUGGAAAGAAGAAAUCUUGUCUCAUCUCUAACAAAUAGUGAAGUUAAAGAAGAAGAGAACAUGGUUUCUUAUACUAUGAGUGAUAAAACCUCAAAUCCAAAUCUAAGUCCAAGCAGUGGAGGGCCUGCUGGAAGAUACAAGGACAGGCCUGUUUCUGACAGUUUUUCCCAGUCAAAUGAAGCUAUGAUAUCAGACACUCCAUCUGGUAGUGUCAAUGGAAGUUUUCUUAAUAAAGAGAUGGAAUCUGGUAGUAGCACACGAGUGGAACAAGAAGUUGCAGAUGCUGUUGGAUUAACCAGAGAAGCCAGUCUGGAAACCGCUGGCUCUAAGACUGCAUCACAAGUUCUCUUGGAGUCCUCUGGAACAUAUGAUGUGAAAGAUGUAAAUCUUGAGGAUCCAUUGGGAGCAAAGCUAGACAGUACAGAUGUGGAACAUGGUGUGAAUCUUGAGGAAGGAAACAUGGAACCCCCUCCCUUGGCUGGGGCAAAUGUCAUGAAUGUCAUAGUGGUAGCAGCAGAAUGUGCUCCUUGGUCCAAAACAGGUGGGCUUGGGGAUGUUGCUGGAGCUUUGCCAAAGGCUUUGGCUAGGAGAGGCCAUCGAGUUAUGGUUGUGGCACCAAGGUAUCGUAACUAUGCUGAACCUCACGAUACAGGAGUUCGCAAAUGCUACAAGGUUAAUGGGCAGGUAUGUGGAUGUUAUAUCAUCUGUAGCUUGACUAGCAGAACAAGGUACAUGUUUAAUUUCAUUGUUUCUAUGCUAUUUGCUGUGCAGGAUAUGGAAGUAAUUUACUUUCAGGCCUACAUUGAUGGUGUAGAUUUUGUGUUCAUUGAUAAUAGCCUCUUUCAUCACCACGAGAAUAACAUUUAUGGGGGAGACCGACUGGAGAUACUAAAACGGAUGGUUUUGUUCUGCAAGGCAGCUGUAGAGGUUCCUUGGCAUGUUCCAUGUGGUGGUGUCUGCUAUGGAGAUGGGAAUUUGGUUUUCAUUGCAAAUGAUUGGCACACUGCACUCUUACCAGUUUAUCUGAAGGCAUACUAUCGUGACAAUGGCUUGAUGAAAUUUGCCCGAUCUGUUCUGGUGAUACACAACAUAGCCCACCAGGGUCGUGGUCCUGUAGGAGAUUUCUUCCAUAUAGAUUUGCCCGAUUACUACAUGGACCUUUUUAAACUGCAUGACCCAAUCGGAGGUGAUCACUUCAAUAUAUUUGCUGCUGGCUUGAAGACUGCCGACCGUGUGGUUACUGUAAGCCAUGGUUAUGCAUGGGAGCUGAAAACAUCAGAAGGUGGUUGGGGCCUGCACGAGAUCAUAAACCAGAACCACUGGAAAUUCCAAGGCAUUGUAAAUGGGAUUGAUACAAAGGAAUGGAAUCCUGAGUUCGACGUGCAACUCAGAUCUGAUGGCUACACUAACUAUUCUUUGGCAACUCUACAAACAGGCAAGCCCCAAUGCAAGGCUGCCCUGCAACAAGAGCUUGGCCUGCCGGUCCGUGAUAAUGUUCCCAUCCUUGCUUUCAUUGGGAGGUUAGAUCACCAGAAAGGCGUGGACCUCAUUGCAGAGGCCAUCCCUUGGAUUGUUGGUCAGGAUGUGCAGUUAGUUAUGUUGGGCACUGGGAGGCCAGACCUCGAGGAUAUGCUGCGGAGGUUUGAGAGUCAGUACCAUGACAAGGUCAGGGGAUGGGUAGGGUUCUCCGUGAAGAUGGCGCACCGAAUUACAGCAGGUGCAGACAUUUUGCUUAUGCCAUCAAGGUUUGAGCCUUGUGGGCUGAACCAGCUGUAUGCUAUGAUGUAUGGUACAAUUCCAGUGGUGCAUGCGGUCGGUGGCCUUAGAGACACCGUCAUACAGUUUGAUCCUUACAAGGAGAGUGGCUAUGGGUGGACUUUUGAUCGGGCAGAGGCACACAAACUGAAGGAUGCAUUGGGUAACUGUUUGAACACGUACUGGAAUUAUAAGGAAAGUUGGAGAGGACUUCAAAUUCGAGGGAUGAUGCAAGACCUUAGCUGGGAUAAUGCUGCUCAACGCUACGAGGAAGUCCUUGUUGCCGCAAAGUAUCAAUGGUGAUGCUUCAGAACAUGUUAGCAGAUUGGUCAGGAGUGAUAUUUCAUUCUGCAGCCAUGUGAGCUCUGAAUUUCAGCUGUUUGAGGCUACUGGCAGCACACAGCUACAAGAGAUUAUUCGAUGUUCCUGUGUCAUCAAGUGCUAAUUUUCUUUCACAUAGGAAGGAGGAAAGUAUUGCCAAAUGUUGAGGUCUGAUUUAGUAUAUUAUUCUCUCUUGCUUUGUUAAUUUAAUCGAGUUCUCCUUAAUGAUUUUGUACUGGAGAAUUUGUGCAGUGGAUGGUAAAAACCACUGCUUAACCUCCUCUCUGGACUAAUUUUUGAAGUGAAUCAUCUCAAUAAAACAUGAAGUCAACUGUCUUCUCUGUAUAUCAACAUGAAAAAUUACCUUUGCUUUCCUUUUUCUUCAUUCUGGAAAAUCUUAGAGCUGACCUUGAGCUAGUAAAGAAACCACUAGCCAGAGUUUUUAUUUCGCCUUGGCAUGCAUUCCUAGGCAAUGGAAUAAAUGGGAGGAUAGGUUCUGUUCUAAGGUGACAGCUAUAUUGGGUUCUGAUACUGGGGAGAUCAACAUGUAAAAGAGGGUGGGUAAAAGGGAAGAAGAUUUUUUCAAAACUGUGGUAAGUGAAUUAAUAGCUAAAUGUACAUACUCAUAUAGGUGAAAACCGCUUACAUGCAGUGUUAACCUUAUUCUGCUCCCCUUAAAGCUGGACCCUGUGGGAACUUGAUACUUGGGAUGUGUUCGCAGGGGGCUGCUUGAUGCUCAUGCUUUAUGUAGGUGGCCUUCUACAUGCACAAGUCCUGCUGGAUGCAAUGGUAAGUCUGAGCAAGUAUGGGGAGAAUGCUGAUGAGUGCCUGAUGACAAGGUUGAAAGAGAUAUAUUAUUAGAUUACCACUUCAAGAUUAAGCAAGAGGCAGGGUCUUCUACAUGUGCCUUCUUUGGAUUUAAUGGUAAAGCAAUCAUUUGGUUUUACCUAAUAUAUAUGGUCCUCACAGUGUAUUUUUCGUUCAUUUGUAACCAUGAAAUAGACAUGGAGCCUUUGAAAGUGCA